AUGUGUGUGUGUGUCUAGUGAGCGUCGGGAAGGAAACUGGAGCAGUACUCAAGGCCAGUGAAUGGGAACGAUACCUGUGUGUGGCCUCUCCUCCAUCCCUGGCCACGAUAUUUGAGUGUGGCCCUUCUUCUUCCCUUGGCAACGGUAUUCGAGUGUGACCGUGUGGCCUCCCCCCUCACCCCUGGCCACGAUACCGGAGUGUGGCCCUUCCCCCCCAUCCCUGGCCAAGAUACCCGAGUGUGACUUCUCCCCUCACUCCUGGCCACAUUUCUUUGAAUGUGGCCUCUCCAUCUAAAUCAACGAUGCUGUAUUGGUGUAGCUGGCAGUAAUUACACUUUGAGGGAGCAUGAGUGUAAUCCUUUGGUCUCUUCUAGCACCUGAUGUUGAGGAUGGGGCGCGGGCUGGGGAGUGCCCGCUUCAGGGACCAGGUGGUGGGGUUGGGCUGCCUGUGGGAGGCGUGGACGGAGGCGGAGCAGGUGGUAGUGGUGUACUCCCUUAUCCGACGCCUGCCCUCCGUCCCCGCCCGAUUCCUGCUCAACCUCCUCACCCACGCCGCCGCCAGCGACCCCGCCCACGACCUCGCCCACGCCGAGGCCACCGCUAACGACCCAGCGUGGGUGAGUCAGCUGGCGGAGAGCAAGGAUUCUGGCGCCGCGGACCUGCUCUACCACCUGCCACUCCUGCGACCCUCCAACACUGAGGCCAAGAUGCAGUACCUGUCGCUCAUUCCCAAGGUACUAGCACAGGCUGUGGCCUCAGCUGGCAGCCAACAGUCGACUGCCUUGGAGAAUGCCCGCCAGCUUCUUAGCUACACCCUUAUCCACCCAGCUGUCACUAUGGAGGAGCGCCGAGCCCUCACCCACUGGCUGCGCACCCUCGAAGAACGCCUGGCUGACCACCACCGCCGCCCCCCACCGCCCCCACCUGCUCACACUCAUCCCCACCCCUUGACUCACUCCCACCCACAUGAAGGCUUUCCCUCCACUGCCACCACCACAGCUACCACCACCACUACCACUACAAGCAGCAGCAAUAAUAACAACAGUGGCAGCAGUCACAGCUUUAGUCACAGUGGGACAAGUCUUGGGCCCUUGAAGUCUCGUUGGACUAGCGACACUCCAGUGGUGCUUCCACCAGACACUGGGCAGACCAAGACCCUCUGGUCACCUGCUCUUGCUCCGUGGGAUGAUGUUGGUUGGUGUGGAAGUGUGGGAAUAACUGGACUAGUGGGAGGAGCUCCCAGUGAAGCUCCACAAUCUCCAAACAACUCGGCUACCUCCUCGCGCUCCUCUGGGUGUGAAUCCAACCCUGAGGAGGCCUGCCAGCCUCACCCUGGCAUGAGAGAUGUUGGUGUGUGGCUCAAGUCACUGCGGCUGCAUAAGUAUUCCCCUCUGCUGUGCAACCUGACUUAUGAGGAGCUGCUGGCACUAGAUGAGACCACACUGGAGGCACAGGGAGUGACUAAGGGAGCUAGACACAAGAUUGUCCUCUCCAUCAACAAACUGAAAGAGCGGCAUACUCAACUAGUCCAGAUUGAGAAGGAGGUUAUGAGUGGAGGUCACCUACUGUCCUGCCUCAAUGAACUCAAAGCCAUCAUCUUGACUCCCUUCCCACCAUAUAACCCUCCAGGAGAUGCUUCAUCCCAUCACCAUCUCAGCCAACAACAACAACAACAAGCACAUAACUCUACUACCUUGGACUGUACCACAACACCCUCUUCUCUUGCUACUACAACCUCCAUUACUACUACUACCACCGUCCCAUCACUCCCAGUCUCCUCUUCUUCAUCUGCUAGUGUUCCUUCAUCCUUCCCUUCCUCCUCUGCUACUGCUACACCCUCUGCCACCUCCUCCCUUUCUACUUCCAACUCCUCCUCUAUGUGUUCUUUGCGGGGAGAGGAGAGAGACCUUUUAAAGGAGGAAGCCCCAAGACCAUCCUCACUGGAGCCAGAGAGUGGCAAUUCAAUUGCAGAGAAUGACCUCCCGUCCCAAUUCACUCGGGUCAUGGGCAAAGUGUGUACCCAACUACUGGUGAGUGUCCGGCUGGAGGAUGAGUGUGUGAGUGCUUUUCUGGGUCUGGUGGAGAAGUGUGUCAGCCAUGAGGCCUUCACCCCUACCCAGAUCAGGCGGCUGCAAUCAUGGAAGCAGCAGAUCAUCCGUGUUUGGCACCCGUUGCCCCCAAAGACCAAGGAUACUCGCCACAACCGCAGGUGGAGUCAGCAAUACAGCGGUGACGGGUUCUUGGGUGGAUCCUUUAGAGUGCCUCGGGUGGGUGGGCAGCGUCAUGCACACCUUCCUACAGGGCUCCUAGUGGGGAGCAAGGCCUUUCCUCCACACCAGCCCCAUCAGCUCUUCCCUCUCCCACCGGCUGCUGCUGCCGCUGCUGCUGCUGCCAGUUUAGGGGGCUUAAUGAGUCCACGGAACAGCCUUCCCGGCCUCCCUUCUCUCGGGGUGGGAGGUCUCUUGUCACCUCAGCAGUUCCUUGCCAAGCGGCCCUCACUACAGGAGACACCCUCAGAGCUGAGGCCUCACAUCACUCUGCAGCGAACGAGAUCUGCUCCCUCUCGGCCCCAUCAGCUGCCUCUGUCUGGUCCCACUCGUUCUGGUCCCAUCCCACCACCUCCACCCACUACUGCUCCCUCCACCUCCCUCGCAUUGGGCACUGGUGGCUGUGGGGACCUACGUCUCCCUGGAGGAUCGGGGACAAUUCUGGAGCCUCACUUCUCCCCUCGGGCAUCAUUCUCUCACCUUGGGCCGCCUCCCUCCUCGCCUGACCCAGCUGAUAACGACAUCACCGACCGCCUUGAAUCAUUAUGUCUGUCAGUGACAGAACAUGCGCUGGGCUGAGUGUAUUUUUGCCACAUCCAGAUGCUUUCCAUCCUGCUGUGACAUUAAUGUCAAUGCUUCCAGGGAUGAGGUUGUUUUAGAGUGAUGCACACACAGUAUUAACAAGUGUGAGGAAUCCCACCAGCCUAGCAGAGGCAGUUACUCACAUGAAAUGUGCACUUGAUUAUUUGUCCCACAUAACCAUCCACAUAUCAUAUUUAUUCAGAUAGUAUCAUGAAGUUGCCUAUUUUUUUCUUUAUCAAGGCCACACCACCAUAGCCCCACACCCUCCGUUGUCACAGAUGACAGGAGCAGCAAAACCCGGCAGCUGCGAUACCAUGUGGAUGGAGCUCUUGUAAGUGGCUGUGUGCACCACAGUCGCCACACUGCUAUCCCACCACGUGCCUGCUGCACUGUUGACCCACCCAGGAGCUAUGUAAAAAAGCAUAUCCUUUGCUGUGCAGGGAUGCCACGCCCAGCUGUGCUCGGUAAUGGCUUAGAUAAUCUCCUGUGUGGUUCUUAGCAGCUAGUGUUCACUAGGAUGGAGAGGGAGAGGGAGAGGGACAGGUAAGGAAACCUGAAGUUUUCCAAUCCCUCUCAUCUUCCUCCCAAAAUUUCUGGUCCUAGACAGACACCCAUACUGCUGUAUGUGUGUGUGUGUGUGUGUGUGUGUGUGUGUGUGUGUGUGUGUGUGUGUGUGUGUGUGUGUGUGGAGAUGGCAGCAUCAGGAAUAAAUGCACCCUCUGAUAGAGUAGGUGCCACAGAAAAAACACUUUCGUUCCCCAAAUAAAAAAAAAACAAAAAAAACAAAAAAAAUACAAGUAUGAGGUAAUUUCAGAACCGUAUUUUAAAAGUGGGAAUUGGCAUUAUCCACACAGGCACUGGGACUUCACAUGAGAAAAGAUCAUAAACACUUAGAGGAAAAAUAGCCAGUUGUGUUCUCCACUUGGUCAGACAGCAGUGACCCACAGACAAACCUCAGUGCAGGUGACCGCAGGCGGCACCCUUUUACUUGAUUUCUUAAAACAGACUAUCAUGGUGCCUAGAGGAAAGAAGGCCAGUUUGAUGAUGGUUUGGAAAUUUGGCAGCUACUGCUAACCAAAGCCACAAACAUAAGUGUCUCAAUGUGUGGGAGGGAAUGAAAUGCUCAGUCAACUAUACCAAUUGCUUUUAUGAUUCAACCCGCUCCCCCCAAAAAAACAAAACAAAACAAAACAAAAACAAAAACAAAAAUCUUUCCUUAUCAUUCAGCUUUCUGAUUGGUCUUGCAGAUAUCUGACAGGCAUGAAAUGCUUCCUUCAGAAUAUACCUUUGAAGAAUAAUUCUCUUGGAUGUGUAGUUUUGCUAUUGGCUCUUAACACCAAUGAUAUAUUGAAUAUGUCUUGGAAAUAUCAUAGCUCAGUUAGCAUAAGAUGUGGCUAUGAUUGCUGCUUCUUUAACAUUCAGUAGACACUUAUAUCAAGCCCACAGACCAUUAGCUGUGGUAAUAUGAUUAUAGAAAAGAUAUAUAUAUAUAUAUUAGACAUGAUACUUAUUGAUCUAUGACAUGAAAUGUAUUUUACUUAUUAACCUCAAGUAAAAUUUACCCUUGUUCGAAGAAAAGUCAUGAAUUUGCCACUGUGUGUGUGUGUGUGUGUGUGCGUGCGUGCGUACGUGCGUGUGUUUGUGUGUUGAGCUGCUCACUCCAGCUUGGCUUGGGAGUGAGUACCAGCACAAGAAGCUACUGGAGGCAUUAUACAACCCUCAUGCCGAAUGCUUUUUCAUUGACUGUAUUUAAGUCUGUAUCUGCUGUAAAUAAGUAGCUUGUAAAAGUUUGAGUGGAGACUGUCUCUCUUGUGUGUAAGACUUCCUAACACUCACAGGACACCAAAAUAUAACAAAAUAUCUAGUGUGAUAGUCCCAAGACAUUGUACACUGUUAUGUUUAGUUAUUAAAAUUACCUCAUACAAUCAA